CCGUUGUGUCCGCUAAACCGGCUGUUGUCUGUAACCAGGUGACCACUUACUCCAGAGACAAGUCUGUAAAUAUGUAACUCACUGGUAGCAAGUAUUUCGGUGCCUGUAAGCGAAGGAAGAUGGUGGUUGCGGCCAGGAACACCCCGAAAAAGUUCCUCUGUGGGCUUCUCUGGUGGUCGCUCCUCGUCCCACUGGCGUCCGGAGCUUCCUUCUACGGUGAUGGCUUUGUACAGCUGAAGGCCACAGAGUCGUCGGACCGUAACAGGCUCCGCAUUCGCUUCAGGACCUCCAGCACCAAUGGCCUGCUGUUUCUCGCUGCUGGUCAGACAGUCUACUUCCUGCUAGAGCUCCAUGCUGGUCGCCUGCAGCUAAAGCUGGACUUAGGAUCAGGGGAGGAGGUAUUGGAGUCUGACAGGGGGACCCAACUCAAUGACCUGGCCUGGCACUCAGUGGAGGUCCAUCAAGAGCGUGACAGUGUCACUAUGACAGUGGACAAGAACUCUGAUGUUGGCUUAACGCUGUCAGGAUCCAGCCAUCUUCUCAACAUCUUGGAUGGGAUGUAUGUUGGUGGCACUGGCAACCUAGACAAACCAUACCUCGCCAGAGAUCCACCUGGAUUUCGAGGCUGCAUUGAAGAUGUAGUCUUCAACAACCACGACCUGCUCUCUUCACUCAGGCCAAAUUCUGGAUUCAAGAAUGUUUAUGAGGUUUCUUUAGGGUGUAGCCCUCAAUUUUUUUCCACUGAAUAUGAUCCGAUAAGUUUCUUCAGCUCAAGGGCCUAUGCUUCUUUUUCAUCCUGGAGUGGCCAGCAGGAGGCAAUAUUUCAGUGUGUGGUGCACACUUCAGCAAGCGAGGGGAUCAUCAUGUUCAAUUCUGCCAAAGAGGGAGGCUUUGUGGCUGUGGAGAUUCAGGAAGGUUUUCUAGUCGCUGUUGUCGGCAAAGGUGAAACCAAGACUGAGCUCCGUUCCCUCAGACUUAUCAACGACAGAAAGUGGCACACUGUCAAAGUCCAUUUUAGCUUGAAAAAUGUUGACCUCACAGUUGAUGAGGAAAUGGUGAAAAUAAGCACUCGUCUCAAGCACUUGCAGCCGAAAGGUUUCCUUUUUAUAGGAGGUGUGGAUGAUGGUACCAGGGCUGAGGUCAGAAAAGUGGGUUUGCUGUCAGUGUCAGGAAAACGUAUCCGUGGAGGCUCCUUUAAGGGAUGUUUGAAGAACAUAGAAGUCAAUGGAGUGAAGCUGGGUCUAUCAAAUGCUGUGGUCACAAAGGAUAUCUCGGUAGGCUGUGAGCCAGAGAAGGACCCAGAACCUUCGUUAAGUCCAACAAAGGCACCGAGUCCCCUGCUCCACCUUGUGACUCCAACACCUUUUGUACGCAUGUCGACUCUUGCAUGGGGCCUGGAUAGAAGGUAUGGCUCGAAGUUUGUGCAUCUAAAACCUCUAGUGGUACCAGAAGGAGGUAGAGCGUCUCUUGAUGCUAAGCACAUCAAGGUCCUCCUGGAUUUCAAGAGACUUGGCAUUCGACAAUCUCAGAUCAAUUUUAGAAUUGAGGAACAGCCAGUGAGAGGUCAGAUAAGGCUCGACGUGGAUCCUGACCAGGAGGAAAACACCUUCAGCAUGUUAGACCUGUGGCACGGGCGUGUCAUGUACCUCCAUGGAGGAUCUGAAGAUCCAGAUGACUUCUUUAUGUUCUCAAUUUUUUCGAGCAGCCGAAAAGAAGCUCCAGAUUAUCUGAGGGGGAGCAAAAUAUACCGUUUCAAUGUGACGGUGACACCCACCAACGACGCACCAGAGUUGAGUCUCCCUGAAGGGAAUCUGUUUGUCCUGCUGGAAAAUUCCAAAAAACACCUCACCACUGAUGUUUUAAAGGCCACAGACAUUGACAGCAGCUAUAACAAUCUUGUCUUCACCGUGCUAGGGAAUUUAAAUGUGGAUGCUGGAUACUUGGAACUAGAGAACAAGCCAGGAACAGCUGUGACCUCAUUUUCUCAGACAGAUUUAGAGGAAUUAAGAGUGUAUUAUGUGCACACUGGAGUCCGAAACUCCAGGAUAGUUCUUAGAGUCAGUGAUGGGGAAAAGGUCAGCAACACAGUGGUUUUAAGGGUUAUGGCUAUCUCUCUGGAGUAUAAGAUUGCCAACAACACAGGCCUGGAGGUAACCCAGGGAGAGGCCGCUAUAAUUGGCUCUCAACAUCUCGGUGUGACGACCAAUGCCGUCAAACAAGUAGUAGACAUCCGAUACGAUGUCAUUGAGCCGCCACAGUUCGGAGAACUGCAAAGACUUCACUCAAGUGGUGAGUGGAGGCAUACAGACUCUUUUUCUCAGAGGCUUCUUGAGAAAGAAAGAUUGAGAUACGUCAGUACGUUCCAAGAAAUCCAAACCGUCAAUGCCACGGAUUUCUUCAAGUGCAAGGUGAAUGUGGCUUCGAAGACCACAACAGAACUACUCUUCUCUAUCACUAUAAAGUGGGUCAGUUACACACUAGUGAGGAACAUGGUGAUGGACUUGGAUAAAGUACGGAAAGUGACACUUGACUCCGAGUAUCUGUUUGCCUCAGCACAAGGUGUGCUCCUGUCUCAGGAUGAUCUUUACUUCAGAGUGCUAACCACGCCAAAGAAAGGCAAAAUCCUGCUGGACACCUCAGUUUUGGGGAAGAACUCAACCUUCAGCCAAAGAAAUGUCACAGAUCAUAGAGUCCAUUAUGUGCUCGUAGACAGACCUCAUGAAGAUACCAGUGACAAAUUUAAAUUCCUCCUGUUUUCCAAACAUGCACAGUCACAGAACUAUGAUUUUCAGUUCUCCAUUAAAGCCGAUGUCAACAGCGUUUUCAUGAGGAAUGAGGGUCUUGUUCUUCAGGAGGGAGAAAGCAAAAUGAUCACCACUGAGGAAUUGUUUGCAGAGACUCUCAGCACCAAGGACAUAUACUACACAGUCAUUAGCAGCCCCAAACAUGGGAAGCUAAGUCGUAUUAGUCAUUCAAACUCAAACUCCACCAAUGAGAACAUCCUGUCCUUCAGCAACAAAGACAUCACAGCUGAACGGAUAAUGUACACCCACGACGACAGCGAAACAACCCAGGAUGCGUUCACCUUCAUCGCUUCCACCACCAAAGGCUUCAAAUCUUUCAUUGCUGAAGAUGAAGUUGGCUCCAAAGAGGCCACUUUCAACAUAUCAGUCCGACUUGUCAACGACCAAAAGCCAGUGCGUGUCAUCGAUAAAGUUUUCCACGUAGUCAAAGAUGGUCAGAGGAUACUUACUUCAGAUGACUUGUGCUACCGUGAUGACGACUCUGAUUUCGACGAUGGCAAGUUGGUUUAUGCACGCAGAGGAAUCCCCAUUGGAGACUUGGUGCUGGUGAAUGACACAAGUCAGCGGCUCUUCCAUUUUAGCCAAAGGGAUCUAGAUGAAAAGAGAGUGUUGUUCCUACACAAAGGAGCAAGCAUAGGACGGUUUGUUUUGUUUGUCUCUGAUGGAAAGAACUUUGUAUCGAGUCUUUUAGACGUCAGCGCACAAGAACCCUUCCUAAAGGUCAGCAACAACUCUGGUUUACUUGUGCAAAAGGGACUGUCUGUCAUUGUUUCAAGUCAUAAUCUCAGUAUUGAAUCUAAUCUGGACAUCAGAGAUGAUGAGGAGAUCGUGUUCAAGGUGCAGGAAGCUCCAAAAUACGGAAUUCUAUACCGCAAUGAAACAAUUGUGAGAUCAUUUACGCAAGCUGAUCUGAAGAACAGGCUCAUCAGAUACACUCACAAUGAUGGCAAACAUCUAGCAGAUCACUUUAACUUGACCGUCAAAGCUCAAGACCUUCAGCUCCCAGUGAAGAUCAAUGUGAAGGUUUACCUGGAAAGUCAUCAGCGGCCACCAAUUGUCCAGCAACUCGGCACCCUACUUGUGGAUGAAGGGAAGCCUGUCAACAUUGAUGAAACUAAACUAGAGGUGACCCACGAGGACAACCUGCCAUCGGAGAUCGUUUUUACGGUCAAGAAACCCCCCUCCUAUGGAUACCUCUGUCGCUUUCUGGAAGCAGAAGAGCGUUACAGCGGAGACAAACUGUCCCCAGUCAAGACAUUCACGCAGGAGGAUGUCAACAGCGGAAAUGUCCAGUACAGGCAGGUGGAGCCAGACAAGCUCAAUGAUAGCUUCGUCUUGGAUGCCAGCAACGGGGUCACAGAUGUCAGUGAGAUUCGUGUUCUGGUGGAUAUUAUUCCGAGGCUCAUCCCGCUCCAGGUGACCAACUUCACCCUGAAUGAGGGCGGAGUCAAGGCUCUGACCGAGGAAGUGCUUCGAGUAACAAACAAGCACUUUAGUGGAAUCAACUUCUUGUUUAACGUGACGGAGCCACCGCAGCACGGCCACAUCGAGAACUCCAGGUAUCCUGGUGUGGCCAUCACCACCUUCAGCAGGAGACAGGUGGAACUAGAAUUCAUCAACUACGUGCACGAUGGCAGCGAGAGCCACAGUGACAACUUCACUGUGGUAGCCAAUGACACAAGCCUGAGAAAGCAGAGCGCCGUGGAGACGCUGCACGUCCAGGUUGAAGCAGUCAAUGACGAGCCACCCGUUAUCACAGCCAACCGGGUCCUCAGGGUCUGGGUUGCUUCAGUUACUCAGAUCCGUCCUGACGACCUGCACGCCCAGGACCUGGACACGCCCCCAGCGCACCUGCACUUCAUGGUGACCCCUCCCAGCAACGGACAUCUGUCGCUGAAGAGCACCCCCAUGAAGGCCAUCCUGAACUUCACCCAGGCUCAUAUCAACCAGGGUCAGCUGCUGUUCGUGCACAAAGGUGCCAUGUCUGGAGGUUUCAACUUUCAGGUCAACGACGGAGUCAACUUCUCGCCCAGAGGAAUCUUCAGCAUCACUGCUAAGGCUCUGCUGCUCAGUCUGGAGAGGAAUCACCCGCUCAAAGUGUUUCCAGGGUCGACGAUGCCGAUCACGAGGGAACAUUUACUAGUUUUGACCAACGAUGUCAGCAACACCUCUGAACGCAUAAUAAAGUACAACAUCAUUCGACAACCUAAACUGGGACGGGUGGUGAGGAGGCAGCUGGACAACUCCACCAUCGACAUCUCCACCUUCACCCAGACCAUGAUUGACCAUAAAGAGGUUUUAUACGUCCAAACGCCCAUGGAGUCGGUGGGAUGGGAAGCCAUGGACUCGCUGGCCUUCUCUGUGAUGUCACCCCCGUCUUCCAUGGAAAGUCAAACGUUUAAAAUCGACAUCUCUUAUGAAAACACUGGACCUGAACGCAACACAGUGCUGCUGGCUAACACAGGGGCAGUGGUGACCGAAGGAGGGAGCGUCGUCAUCGACAAGUCCAACCUGGACGCCGCUAACUUGAUGUCCAAGUUGCCCACACCAGAGAGAAAUUCCCACGAGGUCUGGUUCCAGGUGACGUCACUGCCUCAGCACGGCGUCAUUGUAGUGGGCGAGCGAAACCUCACCAAGGAGAAGCCCAACUUCUCCCAGUUCAUCGUCAACAAGUACGGCAUCACCUACAAGCACGACAACUCGGAGACCACGCACGACUCAUUCAGGUUCAGCACUUGGGUCAAUCCAAAAGGUAAAUCGGCACAGCGUCCUCUAGACCACUACAUUGAGGAGCACUUCAACAUCACCGUCACACCUGUCAACGAUCAGCCUCCUCUUCUGAAGACCAAGGCUCCGAGUCUCACAGUGGUCCAGGGUGACAUGACCGUCCUCAAACCUGAGAACCUCAAAGUAGAAGACUUGGACAAUCCUCCCGAAGACAUUACCUUCUCUGUGAUCAGCAAACCAAACAACGGGUUCCUGGCAAUUGAGGGGAGCUUGAACGAGUCGACUGCCAGCUUCACCCAGGCCCAGAUCAACAACGGCAGUGUUUACUUCAUCCAUGACGGGAGUCCUUCCUCCGGGGUCUUCUACUUCAGCGUCACAGACGGUCACCACAAACCCAUUUACAAACUCUUCAACCUUGAAGUGACAGAAAUCACCAUCUUUCUGGUCAACAACUCCGCCCUGACCCUAGAGCAAGGCGCCACAAUGGUGCCGGUGACGCAGGACAACCUGGCUUCCAAGACGAACGGGAAAAACACCACUAUUCACUACCGGAUCACCAGGAAGCCACACUUUGGUAAACUCUUAAUGGAGGACCAGGAGGUGGCGCAGUUCGACCAGGCGGAUCUAAACACAGGGAGACUUUCUUACCACAUGGUCCACCUUUCCUCGGCAGAAGACAGUUUUGAGUUCACCGUCUUCACCUCAGAGGUGAACCUCAGCAGCCAAGUUCUCAACGUCACGGUCACUCCUCUGCUGGAGGUGGGCCAUAGUGUGCGGACCCCCAACAGGACUCCUGUGAGCAUCAGCACUACUUUCUUUAACGCCUCUAAACUGGCGCAGGUCUGCGACUGUGACCCGGUGUUUGAAAUCAUCUCCCACCCUCGGUUCGGGAGGCUGAAGCGGGUGAAGGCUCCCAGAAGCUCUGUGCUGGCUGACUCCUUCACAUUCCAGGAUGUGAUGCAAGAGACUGUGUCCUUGGAGCUGAGCGCCAACAUGACCGGCGUUCAAGAGCUGAACGACUCCCUGGUGUUUUUACUGAAAGCAAACAACUUGCAACCUGCGAGAGGGGAGUUCCACUUCACCAUUGUGCCGUAUGAUCCAGCACUUUUCCAGACCACAAAGAGUCCCAUCCUGACCACCGUAUUAAAUUCCCGCCAGGCGACGGUCCACGCCUCCACAGUUGGAACCAGGUCACCCGUCCUGUCUACAGCUUCCUUCAACACCCAGCAGCCCAGCAAAAACCACCAGAAGUUCAAGAGCCGUAACCGCUGGGGGAACUCCAACAGGACCAGGAGCUUCAGCACCACUCUGGCAAAACCGACACCCGGAUCCGAUUACUUUCCAUUCAGGAAUACGCCAGUGCGCGUGGAGUCGUACCAUCAGAAGAGCUCCAGCCCUCUCAUCGUGAUCCUGCCGCUGCUCGCGCUCCUGCUGCUUGUCAUCAUCUUUGUGGUUCUGGUUGUUUUCCUGCGACACCACAGACGCGGCAAGCAGAGCAGCGAGGAAGCCACCGAGGGGCCUCCACCUCCUCCGCCUGGUCAGCCAUACCAGGGUCAGCCUCAGUGGAGCACAGCUGUCCCCACAGUCACCGUCACACCUUUGAACCACAGCAGCCCCAGCAGCCCCGUGUUCCAACGGGCACUGACUCCCUACUCAGCCUGUGACACCUUUGAGUCGAACAUGCUGGCAAACUCCUGGACUGAUUCUGCUGCGUCCUCUCAGAUCAUCCGGAUUGGAACCCCAACGCUUCAGAAGAACCAGUACUGGGUUUGACGGUCCAAUCUGCCCACACCGUAAGGACUUCAGAUCACCUGACUGUGGUCAGAAAGCACAUCACUGACUUUGAUUCCAGAGGUGAUCAGCUGUAGCUGAGGUGAGAAGCGAGGCUGAGGCCUCUCUGCGCCCAGAGUGAGGAUCAAUCCCGCCGUCUAGAUGUUGACCUGACCCGUCUUUCACAUGGUCCUAAACCUGACCUGUUCGCGGUCUCAGCUCAGUGUGCCCUCUCUCCCACCUAUGAGGUGUCAUGAACUGAUAAAGAUGGUUAUGAGCAUUAUAAAUUGUUAAUUAUUCAAUAAUUCACAGUCACGGUCACAUGGGAAUAGAUUCUGGCAACGCCCCAAAACAGCCCUGUUUUUUAGUGUGAGAAGAUCAUAGCAAAGCCACCAGGACCUCACUUUGGAUCUUGUCUGGUUUGGAUCAUGUCAUGACCACAGUAGUCUGUUUGGGCCUUCAGACAUGUCAAACUCAAGGCUUGCGGGCCACAUCUCUAUCUCAGUACUAAAAGUCUGCGGCAUGUCAGCAAGCAAAGUGCUGUGAGAUCACUGACCUGUGAUGAUCCACUCAGUUCCAGUUCCAGUUGUUGAGUAGAUUCAACGCAUCCUCUCUCCCACAGCAUCAAAUAGCAACUAUUUUCAAGUGGACUGUCCAUAUUGUCUGAUAUUUGUGUCCAGAUGGUAAUGUGAGACCAAAAUCACCAAUUGUGAUUUGAGUUAUUCCCCGUACCAACGAUCAUCUGGCCUGCUAGUUAUGAAGGGACGGUGUGUAAAAGCACCCCACACACACACCACACAGGUCCCAUUAAACACUGCCACAGGUUUUCAACCUUCGUCAUCAUCCCAGAAGACUAUGGUGGGGUUGUGACAUCAAUGAGGGUGUCCCCUGCUCAAAUGGUGCUACAGUUCCUCUGUCUAGAUAGCUUCUGUUGAGUUUGACUCCUCACACAAGGUGUUUUAAUGCCACUUUCUAGUCAUGUUGAGUACUGUUGAGGAGAAACGCAUCUGUGAGUAUCAGAGUACGCAAGUCAGAAGACGUCAUCGAUCAGACAUCACCGUUGAUAUGGUUUUGGUUCAGAGGUGUCGGAGGAAACAUGCAGGGCUCCUGUUGGCUCUGUUCUCAAAUGUAUCUGGAACAAAACGUUUUGUAACUAGUGCUUGUUACCAGAUCAACUCAUAGCUGCUUAAGAUUGUUUUCUAUAUGUUAAUUUGAGUUGAAAAGCACUCGAGAGAGCAACAACAGCAAGCGGGAAAAAAUGGCGUCUAAAUCCGUAAAAUUCAUCUGACUCAUCUCUUUGUAACUCAGGAACAUUAUCGAAGUAGUUCAUGAUAAAAACUAGCAAACAAAAUGUUCAUUUGUUUUCAUGUUCUUUUAUUUAUGCUUCAACAGUUUCACCUCAGUUGUGUAUCAGCCACUGGUUUGACUGACAAGACGGAGGGAUGGUGUUUGUCAGCAACAAGUUAACUUACAUGUGAACCAAAGUCAGAGCGAACUCUGCUUCGAUGGAUUCAACCUGUUAUUUUAAUCCUGGUGUGGCAUCUGGCAAAACAAACAGCAAGUUGUUCUGAAUCUAUUAAAAUGUGCUUUAUGCAAAUAUUCAAACAGAGAAGUGCAAAUACACUGCUAGCUUAGCUAGCGGGGUGUUCGUCCUUUUCUCUGUGAAGUUAAAAAAUUAAGAAUGGAGCCCAAUAGACUUGCUAAAUGCUAAAAAGUCAUUUUUUUACAAUAUGCAGCUAAAAUUCCUUGAAUUGUUUUGUGUAUGGUUCAAAUUGCGAAACCACAAUCUGAAAGGGUUGUUGGCGAGCAGCUUCUGAACUUGGUUUUUGUGGCGUCACAGAAUAUAGCAAGUAUAUUUUGGAGCCGUUAAGUUAGUAUGACCAUCCGGGCGUGGCUUGACCUUGAAUAGUUACUGUGUCGGCAACACUGGAGUCCAGACACUGUGAUAGGUAUGAACCACUGUAUGAGAAAAUGUUAUGGCAUCAUUUUGUAUGGAAAAGUGGCACCUGGCUCCUCCUUUAUUUAUACAGUAUUUUUAA